AAUAAAUGAAGUUUUUAAGUUUAAUUAUAACAGUAUUGCUUAUAAUAAGUGGUAGUUGUGCAACAAAGGAUGAAAUAAUAUCUGAAAUAAAUGAUAAGCUUGAUAUAAUGGAUAAUAAAAUGAGUAUUCUAAUAUAAGGAGCAGAUGGUUCAAUAUAUAUGAAAGAGCAUUUGAGUUCAACAGGUACCCAACCUUAUGAUGAUAAUACAACAAUUCAUAUAGCUUCUGGUUGUAAAUGGAUAGCAAUGGCAACAAUAAUGAAGCUUGUAGAGUUACAGUUAUUAAGUCUUGAUACUAAAGUAACUGAUAUAUAUCCAGAUUUUAAAGAUAGUAAUCCAACAAUGACAUUAAAGAAUCUAAUGACUCAUACAUCAGGUUAUAAAUUAGCAGAUGAUUGGGUCUUUGAUUUAAAUAUAUCUCUAUAAGAAUCUGUACUUGGUAUUGCUAAUGGUGGUAAAUAUGCAGCCAGUAAUGUUUACUUCCCAGGAGGUACUAAAGUUGGUUAUAGUGAUAUCGGAAUGUAAAUUGCUGGAGGAAUGGCAGAAAAAGUAUCAGAAAGAACAUUUCAUGAAUUAUUCAAUCAAUAUAUUGCUACACCUAUGGGAAUGAAAAAUGCUACAUUUACAGCAUUUGACGGAGAUAAAGGAAACAAUAUUGCUAUAGCAGAUGGUUUAUUAAUUAGCAUGAAUGAUUAUAGUAAUUUCUUAAGAAUGCUCUUAAAUUAAGGAUCUUUUGAAGGAAAAUAAAUUUUAUUAGCUUCUACUGUUCAAUUGAUGUUAUAAGAUUAUACUGGAGAUUUACCAGUCUCAGAAGAAGUCAUGAAAGAUGAUGUUGUCUAAGAAGUUGAAGAUUCUUAUAGUUUUGCUAUUGGAGCAUGGAUAUUUGGAAUCGAUAGCAAUAAUAAACCAUCUAUUUAUUCUAGUCCAGGUAUUCAUGGAUUCUAAAAUUGGAUUGAUGUUGAAAAUAAAUAUUUAUGCAUCCUCUUUAUUAGAACUGACACUGAAAAUGAACCAGAUAUUACUGAUUUAACAGAAUCUCUCAAACCUAAAAUUUUGGAUUUCUAUUUAACUGAAAGUGGAAAUUAUUCACAAUUUAUUGCUCUAGGAAUUCUUAUUGUAUUUGCCAUCAUGUUUUGA